AUACACAGAGCGGUGGAGAAAUUUCAAUAGGAGUACGUUUUAGAGGGAGAGAGAAAUGGAGAACGCAGAGAAGGAAGCAGAGAGCAAAUCAUUGUUUCCCUCGGUUUUCCAACCAACAUCUGAGUCCAAUCCCAAUCCCAUCCCCAACCCCACCAACAACAGCGUCCCUCUGUGGCUCUGCAACCCUAGCUUCACCGUCGACCUCUCUGCAGUUCCUUCACUGCACAACCACAACACCAUCCAAUUAGAGGAGGAAGAAGAUGAAGAAGAAGAAGGAACAGCCGAUACCAAGAAUGAACAGAGAACUAUGCCUUCCUACGAACUGCUAGAGGAAACCUCCUCUUCUGCAUCGAAAUCCGACCCAGAUUCUGACACAAAAAAGAAGCGCAAAAGGAAGACGAAGACGACGAAGAAGAAGAAGAAGAAGAGAUCCUCCGACGCACCUUACGACUACUACGGUUCUUCGAGGAAACCCGACGUUCAAUUUUGGUCUACUUCUUCUUCCGAUGUCAAACCCACCAAAGAAUAUUAUUUUGAUUCUCGGGGCGACCGCGAUAAUUUGGCCUUCGGAUCUCUUUACAGAAUGGAUGUUGCUCGUUACAAACUUCGUGAAUCUACAAGGUUAUCUGAGCUUAAUUAUCAAGCACGAUAUCGGUGGAAUCGGAGGAGUGUGGUCUUUGAUGGAGAUGUUGAUGCUGAGGCAUUAGAUAGCAAACUUAAGGUCAUGGGUCGCUACUGGUCUGCAAAGUACACAGCAUUGGAAAGCCAUAAGAAUUUAAAGCAUAUUCGAAUUGUUGCACCUCAAAGACCAACAACAAUUACUUCUGGUGAUUUCAUUCCUUUAUUGGAUAAUCAAACUACUCGUGAAGGUCUUAAUGGUGGGUCACAUUCAAUAGCUUCAGUAGUUGAAGAGUCUUGGGAAGAUGAGAUGUUCCGGAAAACAAGGGAGUUCAACAAGAUGUCGAGGGAAAAUCCCCAUGAUGAAAAAGUUUGGUUAGGUUUCGCAGAGUUCCAAGACAAGGUUGCGAGUAUGCAGCCGCAGAAAGGUGCUCGUUUGCAGACUCUCGAAAAGAAGAUUAGUAUCCUGGAGAAGGCGACUGAGCUCAACCCGGAUAAUGAAGAAUUAUUACUUUGUCUCAUGAACUCUUAUCAGAGCAGAGACAGCACUGAUGUCUUAAUGGGCAGAUGGGAGAAAAUACUCAUGCAGAAUUCUGGGAGUAUUAAGCUGUGGAAAGAGUUCUUGCGCAUCAUUCAGGGGGAAUUCUCAAGAUUCAAGGUUUCUGAAAUGCGAAAAUUCUAUGCAAAUGCGAUCCAAGCUUUAUCUGCUGCAUGCAGCAAGCAGUAUAGGCAGGUUUGCCAAACUGCUAUUGCAUCUUCUCUGGAUCCUGCUAUUGUUCAACUUGAACUUGGUCUGGUUGAUAUAUUUGUAAGUCUAUGCAGGUUUGAGUGGCAGGCUGGGUACCAAGAAUUAGCUACUGCUUUAUUCCAGGCAGAGAUUGAAUAUAGUUUGUUCUGUCCUUUACUUCUAACCGAGCAGAAUAAACGAAGACUGUUUGAGCACUUCUGGAAUAGUAAUGGUUCAAGAAUUGGGGAAGAUGGGGCUCUUGGCUGGUCAGCAUGGCUGGAGAAAGAGGAGGAACAUAGACAAAAGGUUAUUAAUGAGGAAUUGCAUAAAAAUGAAGAAGGUGGUUGGACAGGUUGGUCACAACCAUUAUCUAAAAAUAAGGAAACCAGUGGAAAUACAGAAAAUAUAGUGGAUGACGAUGUGGCUGUUGAGGAAUUUGAUGAGGAAUCUGAGACAAGAGACAUUGAACAGACUGAUGAUAUUGAGGCAUUACUCAAGAUGCUGGGCAUUAAUGCUGAUGCUGAAGCUGAUGGGGAGGUCAAGGAUACUGCAACAUGGACAAGAUGGGCAGAAGAAGAGUUAUCAAGAGAUUCUGAUCAAUGGAUGCCUGUUCAUGCAAGAUCUGAUGGGGUUUUUCAUAGUGAUGGGACUGCAGAUAGAGAAGGUGAUGAACACCUUUUAAGAGUAAUAUUAUUUGAAGAUGUCAGUGAAUAUCUGUUCUCGAUGAGUUCUGAGGAAGCUCGUUUGUCUCUGGCAUUCCAGUUCAUUGAUUUCUAUGGUGGGAGGAUAUCUCAAUGGGCGUGCACAAACAGUUCAAGUUGGGCAGAAAAAAUCCUCAGCCUAGAAGUUCUGCCAGAUUCUGUCUUGGAUGAUCUGAGAAAGGUUCAUGAUGUGUUAGUGAAAGCAGAAAGCAGUCCAAGUAGUUUCAGUCUGGAAUUCCUUUUGGGCAGCUCAAACGACAUUUCCAUGAGAACUAACAUGAUGAAAUUUCUUUGCAAUGCUGCCUUACUUUGUAUCACUGCAUUUCCACGCAAUUACAUUUUAGAAGAAGCUGCUCUUGUUGCUGAAGAGCUGUCAAAUACAAGAAUGAAUUCUUGUAAAUCUUCAACAACCCCAUGUCUAGCUUUAGCAAAAAGACUCCUGAAAACUAACCGUCAGGAUGUACUACUUUGUGGAGUUUAUGCACGAAGAGAGGCUGCCUUUGGGAAUAUUGAUCAUGCAAGAAAGGUUUUCGACAUGGCAUUGGCUUCUAUUGAAGGGCUUCCAUUGGAUCUUCAGUCAAAUGCAUCUCUUUUAUAUUUCUGGUAUGCUGAAGUGGAAUUUGGCAGUAGUUCUGGUGGUAGUUCAGAAUCAUCAUCACGUGUGAUACACAUUUUGUCUUGCUUUGGAAGUGGGGUAAAAUACAGCCCUUUUAAAUGUCAACCGUCAAGUCUGCAGCAACUGAAAGCACACCAAGGGUUUAAAGAGAAAAUGGCAAUGCUAAGAACAAAAUGGGUACAUGGUAUUACAGAUGACAUAUCUAUUGCUCUCAUCUGCUCUGCAGCUUUAUUUGAAGAGUUGACCACUGGUUGGGUUACUGGAAUUGAAGUCCUAAAUCGGGCUUUCUCCAUGGUGCUUCCAGAGAGAAGAAGCAAAAGUUCUCAACUUGAGUUUUUAUUUAACUAUUAUGUGAGGAUGCUUUGGAGACAUCGUGCACAAGCAACACUUUCAAAAGUAUGGGACUCCAUUGUUAAAGGGUUGCAAAUAUAUCCUUUCAGCCCGAAACUUUACAAUGCCUUGGUUGAAAUUGGCCAUCUUCAUACUACGCCCAAUAAGCUGCGGUGGAUAUUUGAUGAAUACUGUCACAAGAAACCAUCGGUGACAGUUUGGCUCUUUGCAUUGUCAUUUGAGAUGAGUAGAGGAGCUUGCCUGCAUAGAAUACAUGGAUUAUUUGAAAGGGCAUUGUCAAAUGACAGAUUGCGAAAUUCAGUAAUACUCUGGCGUUGCUAUAUUGCAUAUGAAAUUAAUGUAGCAUGCAACCCUUCCGCUGCUCGACGAAUUAUGUUUCGAGCUAUCCAUGCCUGCCCAUGGUCGAAAAAGUUAUGGCUUGAUGGAUUCCUCAAGCUGAACUCAGUCCUAACUGCGAAAGAGUUGUCAGAUCUCCAAGAAGUGAUGCGGGAUAAAGAACUAAACCUGAGGACGGAUAUUUACGAGAUCUUAUUGCAGGAUGAGAAAUUUUCAUAAAGUAGUCACUUUGUCAUAUGUAACUGUAAUAGUUUUCUUUGUGCUUACUUCCCAGGUUGCGAAUAUUCUGUUACUCAUCUUGUAUACAACAAAUGACCUGAGGCAAAAAAAAUUGUAUAUUACUUGGAUGAUAUUUCAUGGAAGCAAAUUUUUUUUUUAGUAUCA